AUGACUACAAGUACCUCCCAAUUGACAACCCUAUUCAUUGUUGUAGCUUUGGUGUGUGCAUUUGUUCCUGCUUUCUCUGUAGAAGAAGGUGAAGCAAAAACAUUAUGGGAUACAUGCCUUCUUAAAAUCACUCCUAAGUGUGCUUUGGAUAUAAUCAGAGUUGUCUUUGGAAACAGAACCAUCACUGAUGCGUGUUGUCAUGAUCUUGUCGAAGAAGGAAAAGUGUGUCACGACAUGCUGAUCAAAUACAUUUCAGAUAGACCCCACCUAGUUGCUAACGAAACCCAAUACUUGAAGAAGAGAGAUGAUUUUUGGACUCAUUGUGUCUCAAUCACUAAAACUGCUUAA